UUUUAUCUGCAGAUACCGAUGUCGUGCCGAUAUUAUCGUGCAUCCCUAAUUAGAAACUCUGUAAAUCUACAAAUACAGAAGGCACAUCAGAGGUUGCCCAGUUCAAUCCAGAUGGUGUACUUUACAGGUAAAACACAAAUAAAAUGUUUUUCUUUUUUACAUUGUAAAUAUAUGAAUCAGCAUGUCUUUAAAAAGUGAUGUCCCAUUAAAGAUGAGUUUGAUUUUUGUAUAGAUAUGUAUAUACAUGUGGAUGCUGGAGCUUUCAGGAUUGCAUCAUCAGUGCUGAAAGAAGAAAAAAAAACGGGGUGGGGAUUGUGAGAGUGCCUGCUUAAAACUGUAUAAAUACCGUGCAGCAAAAGGUCUGAUCCACUAGAUGUCCGAUCAUGUCAUUGGAUUCAUAUUCCAUUUCUAGGGAGCUCACCGCUGAGCAAACAUACUUACAAUCAAACACACUUGGAUCCAGCAAUCACAGCCUUCUGGACAACUGUGUUCCUUGCUCAGGAAAAACAACGGCUACACCAGCCUAUGUGGCUUUGUAUGUGUCUGCGAUAAUUGUUGUGAUAAUAACUGUGUUGGGCAACUUGCUUGUCAUCACAUCGGUGUGUCACUUUAAACAGCUUCACACACCAACUAAUGUGCUCCUCUUCUCCUUAGCUGUGGCAGAUAUUUCCGUGGGAAUAUUUGUGAUGCCACUGGAAUUUAUCUGGAUGAUAGAAUCAUGCUGGCUUUUUGGGACAACUGUUUGUGCUUUUUUCAACUUUGUGUUAUUCCAUUUAACAUGUGCAUCUGUCCAUAAUGUGGCUCUUAAUGCAGUGGACAGGUACCUGGCUCUGAGCAAUCCCUUCUUCUAUUCCAGAAAAAUCACUGUGAACCUUGUUGUUGUUGUGGCCUCGCUGAACUGGAUGUUUUCUCUGGGGUACAAUUUAGCUGUUCUGUACUGCAACGGUUUUUUCACUCACGCACUGACACCGUGUCCAUACGACUGUCUCAUUAUUGUGAAUGAAAUAUGGUCCUUUGUUGAUCUUGUGGUGGUGUUUGUAUUACCUUGCUCCAUUAUGAUUAUACUGUACCUGAUAAUCUUUGCCAUUGCCAAAAGACAUGCCAAUGCCAUCAGGGCAGCUAAUAAUCAGGGUAAUCCAAAUGCCGGCAAGAAUGAUCACGUGCCCAAACGAUCUGAGAGAAAAGCUGCUAAAGUGCUUGGAAUACUUGUGUCUGUCUUUUUGUUAUGCAUAGUGCCAUAUUACAUAUGUAGCUUUAUGUCUGAGGGUAUCAACAGCCAGAUUUUUAAUGAUGUGUUAAAUUACAUGGCAAUCCUACUUUACCUGAAUUCUUUGUUCAAUCCAAUUAUUUAUGCUUUGUUCUACCCAUGGUUUAAAAAAAGCGUGAAAAUAAUUGUAAGGUGUCGUAUAUGUAGCCCAGAAUCCUCUCUCAUGCAUGUGAAGUAAUUUUGGCGAUUAGCCCUCAAUAUUAAAACAAUCAAUUGAGACAGAUUUUUGUGUGCAUGUGACCUUUUCUUUCCAUAUAUGUGCAUGAUGUAAUAUAUUAUGGUUUCAUCUUUUUCAUUGAUGGAACAAUAUAUACACGUUCAGUAGUGCAUUGCACUGACAUCUGCAAUAUGACAUUUCCCCUAUGAGAACAACCUCAUAAAUACUAUAUUAUCAUGUUAUUUGACUCUUGCUUUUUCACAUACCAUUUUAUUAUGCUCAUGUCUGUUCACAUAAAUAUUUUUUAUUUUGAUUAUGUGUUUUCACCA